AUGCCUCGAACAGAAAUGGUGCGUUUUGUACGUCUCCCCGUUGUCUUGCUGGCUAUGGCAGCGUGCCUUGCGUCUGUCGCACUCGGGUCGCUCCACGUGGAGGAGUCAUUGGAGAUGCGUUUUGCUGCGUUCAAGAAGAAGUACGGCAAGGUGUACAAGGAUGCUAAGGAGGAAGCAUUCCGCUUCCGUGCCUUUGAGGAAAAUAUGGAGCAGGCGAAGAUUCAAGCUGCGGCGAACCCAUACGCAACGUUUGGUGUGACACCCUUCUCGGAUAUGACACGUGAAGAGUUCAGGGCACGCUACCGUAACGGCGCGUCCUACUUUGCAGCUGCGCAGAAGCGGCUACGCAAGACGGUGAACGUAACCACUGGCCGUGCUCCUGCAGCUGUGGAUUGGCGUGAGAAGGGAGCAGUGACCCCAGUGAAGGAUCAGGGUCAGUGCGGCUCGUGCUGGGCCUUUUCAACUAUCGGCAACAUCGAAGGGCAGUGGCAGGUGGCAGGAAAUCCUCUCGUAUCCCUCUCGGAGCAGAUGCUAGUGUCAUGUGAUACCAUUGAUUCAGGUUGUAAUGGUGGGCUGAUGGACAAUGCCUUCAACUGGAUAGUAAAUUCAAACGGUGGAAACGUAUUCACGGAGGCGAGCUAUCCCUAUGUUUCUGGGAAUGGUGAGCAGCCACAGUGCCAGAUGAAUGGUCACGAGAUCGGUGCUGCGAUAACAGACCAUGUUGACUUACCGCAGGAUGAGGACGCUAUCGCCGCGUAUUUGGCAGAAAACGGUCCCCUUGCUAUUGCCGUUGACGCCACAAGUUUUAUGGACUAUAACGGUGGGAUUCUGACUUCAUGCACCUCCGAGCAACUGGAUCAUGGUGUGCUCCUCGUUGGUUACAAUGAUAAUAGCAAUCCACCCUACUGGAUCAUCAAAAACUCGUGGAGCAACAUGUGGGGCGAGGACGGCUACAUCCGCAUCGAGAAGGGCACAAACCAAUGUCUCAUGAAUCAGGCCGUAUCCUCCGCAGUUGUUGGAGGUCCCACUCCACCACCACCACCGCCGCCGCCGCCUUCAGCAACUUUUACACAGGACUUCUGCGAGGGCAAGGGUUGUACCAAAGGCUGCUCACAUGCCACCUUCCCCACUGGCGAGUGCGUCCAGACUACCGGCGUCGGCUCAGUGAUCGCCACAUGUGGCGCAAGCAACCUUACACAAAUAAUCUACCCACUAAGCAGGAGCUGCAGCGGUCCCUCUGUGCCGAUUACUGUGCCACUGGAUAAGUGCAUACCCAUUUUGAUUGGGUCCGUUGAGUAUCAUUGCUCCACCAACCCACCCACUAAGGCGGCCAGGCUGGUCCCACACCAGUGA